ACUAUAUGCUAACGCGCAUGCGCCCGUGGUGGUGUGCGCGUGUGUGCAUCGUCUGCGUUGUUUUUGUAUCACUUCAUGAUUAUAUCAUAAACACAAAUGUUGUGGAAUGUUAACUGGUGAAAGAAAAAGUCUUUUCAUCCUCUUUUUAACUUGUUAAGUUUCCUCACUUUGGCGAUGUAGUGAGUGAUUGUCGUGUUCAUACAAGGGAGCCAAUAAGCGACGUAUUUGCCGUGAGUCACAUUUGGUUUGGUCUAACGUUUUCAUUCGUUUAGCCAAUGGCUUGCCUUAUCACAAGCAAUAACAAUGGAUUCAGUAGACCUGCACUAUAAACCUACUUAUUCAACUCCUAGGCAUGCACUUGUCCCGAAGAAAUGCAAGUUCUGUCAUAAUGAUAUGGAAAUUAAACAAAUCAAUUCUACCGAAGCUUUCCGCAUGUGUUUUAAAUGCGCAAUACCCCUCCAACAGCUGGAUUUAGAUGACAUCGAAUUUUUUCACAGAUCUUAUAGGGAUAUGCUUAAAAGUCCACUUGAAUGGAAAACUAAUAUUAACAAUGAAGAUGAUGAUUUGGCAAAAUUACCAUUGUGGAUAGAACAAAUGGACCUGAAAGUAAGUAAAUUAGAAGAUGGGAGUGAUGAUGAAACUUCAGAAAAUUGUGCUGAUUUCACACAUCAGAAGUCUGGCAGUCAGAAGGAAUUAAACCCUUCUAAUCAAGAUUCUUCAUAUGAUUGGGAAAGUGAAGCACUCAAUGAAUUAGACGCUGCCUUAGAAAAAGCACAAAAUGAGAAGUUACAGCCUCAUAAUCUACCAUUUUCAUUCGAUGACUUUUUCCUUCCCGAUCAAAUAAAUGAGAAACAUCUAAGACCCUCAGGUGUAGCUGGUUUAGGCUCUAGUGAAGACAAUCAGGAGCUAAGAUUAGACGAGUAUACUGGUGAAAUUUCUCAAGACACAGCCAAUAAAAAUGAGAGUAAAUUAUGUCAAUCUCAAUUAAUUAGGGGUCAUGAAAAUGUUCAUUCAGUUGAACAGUUAAAACUUGAUGUGGACCUGACUGACCAAAUACAACAGAAUAAUACAAAUGAAGACGGUAAAGACAAAAUCAUUGAGUCAAUUGCUUUUACACCAUACGAAACUACAAGCAAAAUGGAAUUAAAACUUAACAAAGAAAAACUUGAUCAAGAAAAUGGCUACUUCGUGACUCCAAGCGUGGCAGAGCUUGAUCCUGAAAGUGAGAUACCACCUGCUAUAAUAGGAUGCCUUAAUGAAAAGUCUCAGGAAGAAAUUGUCAAAAAAUCUAAAAACUUAAGCAAAACUUCAGAAAUGGAGGCUUAUGAAGAGAAUGCCAGAGAAUUGCAUACAUCAGAACCUUGUAAUUUUGAGCAGUUAAGUGAGAUGAGAGGUGAUCCUUUGAACACCUCAGAAAACCUCAAUGAUACUCAUGUUAUCAAAAACAAGGCUUCUGAGAAUUGUAUGGAAUUUGAACACAACAUGGAACCUUUCAAACAAAGCAUUUGUGAGAGCAGCGAUGUAGAGGCUGCUGCUGAUGGUGAGAGUGAUGAAGAAAGUUGUGCGGCAGUGCAAGAAGCAUCACUGAUGAGUUCUCCGCUCGCUAAACACCUCCUCAAGAAUGCGUUGUCUCCAAUAAGUAAAAACCCUUCAAUCAUUGGAGAUAAAAAUGAUACAGGAAAAGAAUCCGUAAGCCAAUCUUUACAUCAUCAAAACAUUGAAAGAUUUGAAAAUCCUAUCUCAGAAUCUCUGUCUUCUGCCUCACAAGUUGAGAAUGAGAUCAGUCACAGUACUGUGGUUUUAACCAACAAAUGUGGAUCGUCCUUGCCUCUUAGCCUGUGGUCUUCACUAUCUCAAUGUCUGACUGGAAACACACUGGUGUAUGAACAUAUUUGUGAUUGUGAUCAAGAACAAAUCCAACUUUCACCAGCAAAUAAUGAUGAUCAGUGCAUUGAUUUAGCAUUGCCUGAUCUAUCACUCACGUCUCUAAUUGAGGAGGACAUUAGAAAGUCAAAUAGGGAUUCUCAUUCUUUAGAUAAAGUAUUAUUUUUACCUGUGCCCUCAUCCGGCAAAAAUAAAUGUUUUGUUCAAAAAACUGCAAGAAAACUGGAUUUUCAUGAAACACCUACAGAAGUGACUAGUGAAGACCACCAGGCUGUUCCAAUACUUGUUGCUACAGUCCCUGCUGACAGUGAUAUAACACUGGAUAUGUUGCAGUCUAUAAGAGAGGAGAACAUUCCAUUUCUCUUUGAAAAUUCAACUCUUAAUGUGGAAGCCUCCUGUCUUCAAAACAUCGCCUCAAGUGAAAACAAGCAAACAUUUUGUAGCAGCAGCAGUUCAGCUGAUUCAAGUACUGAGAGAGCUUUUGUUACUAGUGUUACAGAAACCAUGUUGGACACCAAGGAGUUUGUCCCCCAAAACAAUGUUAUUCCCUCUGCUACUCCUUGUGAAAGCCAGUUAUGCUCUGCCACUGGGCCUGUCGGGAUGACUCAAAAUGUUGAAGACUUCAAUCGUAAAACUAAUUUUAUUCCUGAUUUUGAAGAAAGUGUUUUGAAUAGUGAUGACUGUGUGUUCAAUGACAAUGCUGUGCAAGAAACUUAUGAUGUUCCUUUACAGGACUUAAAAGAAAUUGACCUUACUACGCCUGAAGCUGUUAUUGUUAGCAAUGAAUACUGUGAUGUAGAAAGUUAUGUUUCUAAUUCACAUUGUGAAACAAGUACUUACUCUCAAUUUUCAGAAGGUAUCGACCAAACCUGUAGUUCUAGCAUCACUGUGAAACAAGUGAGAAAUCCAGGUGCAAAUGACAAAUCUUUUGGUAUGAUGAUUGAUCGUCCCUUGCAGCUACAUGGUAUUACUAUUGAAGAAGAUGAUGAUGAAUUGAAGUGUUUUUCUGGUUCUAAAUUUAAGCCUAUUGGAAAUAGAAAGCCUUCAUUGAAGGAGGGAAAAAUUGAAUCAGAGCCGCGGGUACUAAAUCUUUUGAAUUCUGUUCGAAGAGAGAUUAAAAUGUCAGAACAACCAAAAAUAGAGAAAAAAGUAGAUGUCUAGCUUAGUCACACUCAUUAGAGCAACAUGUGAUUUAUUGUGAUCUUUGAUUUUUAGAAUACAUUGUUUUCUUAGAAUGUGUUUUGAAAAUUGUAUUUUUUCCCUUAUUUUAUUUUAACAGAAAAGGAAAUACAUAUUUAAGACUAUCAA